UGCUUCCAACACACAACGACAGCCAACUCCUGCAGUCCCCUUGUCCUUUUCUUUGCCGAAUAAACCUUCCAUUAAUUUACUCCAAGCAGCCUACGGACUGCCUCCACCCUAUGGCUAAAUCCCCUUUGCCCUUAGAUCGGGCUGCAUCUGCCUUUUUCUCCUUGUCGUUAUUAUUUGCACAGGACACGUCCAGUAUCUCAGGAACACUUGUAGUUUGCUUCCUCCCGCGCUCGGUGGGAUCAAAUCUGCAAUUUUCAGAGGUUAUUUUCGGCAACGAGCUUUGCACUCAGGAAGAUCGGCUGGAGGAAGAGCGAAGCGCUUCUGAAAGCAGCACAAGGGCAUGCCAAACCGGGGCAGCAGAGCUGGCUUCUGCUUCACUUCUGCUGCCCUUUGCGGGAGUGAGCCAGGGGAGCUCAGCUGAGGUGUCACCCCGCAGAGGAGGAGACCUGACCUACUACCUGCUCCGCAUCUCUGUCUGCCUGCAUGGCUCACAGGCACUGGAAAGACUGCGGGGGUUGCUGCUGCUGAGCAACAAUACAUUGCUUUAAACUAAACCUCAACUUACCACAGCAAGGAUGGCAACACAACUGGAGCUUUGGAGCUGCCAAGAGAGCCGCGGAACCUGGGUUUUGUUUGCCACUAUCUAAUAAAUGGGAGUAAAAUGGAAUUUCUUACCUGGCUUUUUCCUGCCUUGGUUCUACUGUGCACCCAACAGCACAGGUGUAUCAGAGCUAUGAAUGACAUUGGAGAUUACAUAGGUUCGAACAUCGAAAUAUCCUGGUUGCCGAACCUGGAUGAUUUGAUGAAAGGGUAUGCACGUAAUUUCAGGCCUGGGAUUGGAGGUCCUCCUGUUAAUGUUGCUCUUGCAAUUGAAGUAGCCAGCAUUGACCACAUCUCAGAAGUUAACAUGGAAUAUACCAUGACAGUGUUUUUGCACCAGAGCUGGCGAGACGACCGUCUGUCUUAUAACCACACCAAUGAAACUUUGGGCUUAGACAGCCGGUUUGUGGACAAGCUCUGGUUGCCAGAUACUUUCAUAGUAAAUGCCAAGUCUGCCUGGUUCCAUGAUGUGACUGUGGAAAACAAACUUAUCAGGCUCCAGCCAGAUGGAGUCAUUUUAUAUAGCAUCAGGAUUACCUCAACAGUGGCCUGUGACAUGGACCUUUCCAAGUAUCCAAUGGAUGAACAAGAAUGCAUGCUGGAUUUGGAGAGCUAUGGCUACUCUUCAGAGGAUAUUGUCUACCACUGGUCAGAAAACCAGGAGGAGAUCCAUGGGCUGGAUAAGCUGCAGCUUGCUCAAUUCACAAUCACCAAUUACCGGUUCACAACAGAAAUGAUGAACUUUAAAUCUGCAGGUCAGUUUCCCAGGCUCAGUCUCCACUUCCACCUUCGGCGAAAUCGAGGCGUUUACAUCAUUCAGUCUUAUGUUCCUUCUAUCUUACUAGUGGCUAUGUCAUGGGUAUCCUUCUGGAUCAGUCAGUCAGCUGUGCCCGCCAGAGUGUCAUUAGGUAUAACUACAGUUCUUACUAUGACUACACUGAUGGUCAGUGCCCGAUCUUCACUUCCACGAGCAUCUGCCAUCAAGGCACUUGAUGUUUACUUCUGGAUUUGCUAUGUGUUUGUCUUUGCUGCACUGGUGGAAUAUGCAUUUGCACAUUUCAAUGCUGACUACAUGAAAAAGCAAAAGAACAAGAUAAAGGCGAGAAGGCGGAGUGGAGAGAUAAAUGUGAAGAAUGCCAUUGUUCUGUUUUCCCUUUCCAUAGCUGGUGUGAACCAGGAACUAGCCAUUUCCAACAGGCAGCAUCGAAUUCCCAGAAGCCUGCCUGGAUCAUAUGGCACAGUAGAAAUAGAAACUGGAGAGACAAAGCAGCAGCAUGAAAUGAAACUGGAUAAGAAGAGUGGUCUGAAGUCCCUCUUUAAGCCUAUUGAUGCUGAUACCAUUGACAUAUACGCCAGAGCAGUGUUUCCAGCAGCCUUUGCAGCAGUCAACGUUAUAUACUGGGUUGCUUACACAAUGUAAAAAAAAACAAAACAAAACAAAAAAAGGUUCUGUGAAGACCUGCAGAUUGAACAAUAUCUACAUACUACACAGCCCUUGCUGAAACUGUAUUGGUCCAUCUCUUCUCAAAGUGUUUCCCAAUGAGCUUGAGACACUUGCAAAGUGAAGGAACUCCUACAACUGAUUACUACUAAAAGCAAAAGAAGAAACAAUUCAUUAUCAAUUUGAUUUAAUAUAUUAAUUACUGUACUCUGUCAAACAAUCUCAGCUCCUUUUGUUUGUUGUCUUAGUGUGAGACAAUUUAUCAUAUGUACAUAUUGGCAGCAAAAGUGCAAAUCCUAAAUUAUUAUGUUUUUCCUCCAUUUUAAGGACUAGUCAGUAAUGAAGACUUAUUUCUUCACACUCAUAUAAUUUUGGUUUUUUUACAGAGCAGCUAAUUACUCAUUUCCACACAAGAGUGAUUUUCUGUACCUGGCCUUCUGUGGGAUGGUCCAGGUUUAACAGUAGUGAUAAAGUUGGAUAUUUUAGUCAUAAAAAUCUCAUUAUCCAAGUAAAAGGGAACAAGAGGUGGGUAGAGGAUUUUUUUAAAAAUUAUUAUUUGUCUUUGAUAAAGCAUUUAAAACAUUUCCGUACUCUUAGUCACAGCAUGAAAUAAAAUAUACAUAUAAUACAAAUGCAUAUAUACAAAUAGAAUUCUAGUGAAUUUCUAAUAAUGACUGUAUUACAUUUCAGAUACAAGCUAAGGAAAACUUAAAACACUUAAACAUAGCAAUGUUUAUUAGUUUAGCAGGCCCAAAAUAGACAAGUGCUUCAGAAACACAAAGAAAGCUCAAGCUUCCUAUGUUGGAAAGGCAAACAUUUUUAAAAGUGCUUGAUAACAAAAGUACUCCAUUUUCAGGAAGGACUUUAGAAUUCCAUCUGUUAAUUUUCAGUGAAAAUCAGAUACGUGACUACCAUUUGUGCCUCUGAAAAAUCUCCUUUUUGCAUCUGGCCCUAAAUAGCUGAGGGAAGUCCAAAAAUGUCAUACGUGGCUUUAAUCUACUCUAGAUGCUUUGAAAAUUUUUGCCAUUUUUGUUCAGAGGCUGACCUAAUAGGUAUGUUAGGCCGUUUCACUUCCAUGAUUUGAUAAUGAAAUUUGUGGAUACUCGCACACAUUCCUUAAUUUAAGACUAGAUCCUAUCACCCAACUCACAAAAAGUAACUUUGUUCUGUAAAUAAUUCCAGUGACCUCAGCAGAUGAAGGCAGGGUUCACAACAAACAAAAUUUUCAUAAUUCAUCUCUAAAAAAUUCCACAACAAAUAUAUUGGGAUAUAGGUGCAAACAACUGAAAUAUUGUUAGUACAGGAAAUCAAUACAAGAAGCUUCAAAAGGGGGAUUUUUUUGAGGAUUGUGGUGCCUAGAAAGUGAAAGGUUGUUACGAAUAUACAGACUGACACAAAAAGUGUGAGAGGGAGGGAAGGAGGGAGACAAAGGAAGUGGCUGAAAGUUGGAACCAGGGAGAGCAUGGGGAGAUGCAACAUUAAACAAGAAAAGAUUUAGGAGAGCUCUGCUGGGCUUUGAAGAUGGGGAUCUUGAACUUAGUGACUGAUGCUUAAUAGCUGCAAUUGCAGUAAGGAUGAAGGAUGAAGCACUUGAGCACAGUGCACACUGAUCAGUGUGUGCAGAUUCCUCCUGCCUUACUUCCCUGCAACACGUGGUUUGAUUUCACACAACCAGCACUGAAAGAUAGAGCAUUGUUACACAGAUUUAUAACUUAAAAUAGUUCUUUUCCAACUCCAACUCAGUAAGUGCAUCCAAAUAGUACUUACAUGUUUGUAUUUACUACACUUUACGAGACUCUUCUAUACUAAAUAAAAGCAAGGUAUCACACAACUUUCAGCUUAUCCAGGAAGCUCAUGAAAUUUCACAUUCCUUUAAUAUGUGUAGGUAAUCCAGGUUGUCAUCUUCCUUCUGCUUUUCCUCCUUCUAUUUUAUUUUUCUUAGUGAUUGUUCCCGAUGUUGUCAAAAUGCUACAUUACAGAAAUAUACAAAUUUUUACUAAGUGCAUUUUGGUCAUAAUUGUCUUCUCCCAUAGGAAAUUCAAUAGCCUCUGAGUUGCAACCCUUUCUUGUCCUCUCCUGAAUCAUGGAUGAUUCAAUGAUUCAACUGAUGAUUCAAUCGAUGAUUAAGUGCAGAAUGGAAUACAGAAGAAGCAUAGCUUUACAAUGACUUUUUCUAAGUUGCUUUUUCUACAAUCUUGGGCCAGGUCCUUGACAUAUCUUAAAUCUCUUUUCUACCUCUUAUUUUUCCUUAAAACUGAGCUGUUUCAAUUUACACCUAAUCUAAUUCUUGCCUGGUCUCAGGAGCAAAGGAAGUGAAAAGGUAACUUUUGGAUGAUGACAGUUUCUUAUCUGUCUACCCAUAGGUAAGCAAGAAAGCAGGCAAAUCUGAAACAUUCUGCUCAGCACUUUGAAGAGUAUCACAACAACAGCACACUGGAGGAAGGCCAUAAUGCCUUCCUCUUCUCUUUAACAUUCAUGUAAAUUAGAAAUAAUCCUUGUUUUAAAGUCAGUGGAGAACUAUGGCUUUGAGAGCAGAGUCUAACCUUUUUGUAUCCCCUGGUUUCUCUAGCUACUAGUUUAACACGCCGCCUGUCAGAGUCAGAAUCUGUUCCUAAGAGUGAAAUUAUGGGCUGAAUCUAGUGGAAGAAAUACUUGCAGCAAGCUCCAUUGGAGUGUAUAUCAUAAGAAAUCCCCUUGAUUUAGGAUUAAAGUUAUUAAGGAACGGAGAACAAAGCACUGACCUAGUCCCUCUAGUGUGCAAUUGCUGGUUAUUCAGAGUAAUUAGCAAGAAGGCGGCUGCAAAUAUUAUAAAGGCAGUGUCUAAUCUAAUUACUUCAGCAGUAAUACUUUGUAAUUGUAAACCUGAUAUAACUCCUUACCCUGAAGCCAGCUGAGCAAUCACAGUGAGUUACUGGACAAAAUUAGUUGAUUCUCCAUCUGGAAGAUACUCACAGGCUGCAUGCCCUGUUGACUUCUUCAGAUUUAUUCAAUGAAAUUUCUAUAGUUUGACUGCAAGUCUUUGAGUUGCAUAGCUCAGUUGCGACUGACCAAGUAAAAGGUGGCAGCAAUCUUUCCUUCAGAAAUCUAAGGCACUGAAUCAGCCAGGAGACAUUAUGCUAGGCCAUUACAAUGUUAUAGA